GUUUCGCGCCAAAAUGAUACCAAAACACGACAUGCUGGCGGAUGACAAAGAUGAUAUAUAUGGCGGGUUUGACGAUUAUAAUAGCAGACUCGAAGAAGAGAACUUUCUGAACGAUCCAGGAUUUCAGCACGCCGUGAAAGCGACAAGUCAUGGCCGGAAACCCCCGGUACUUGGACGCAACCUAUCCACAGCAGCUACCAGGGCUGCAAUCACCACGUCACUUGGUCGGCUGCAAACUGGCGUUCGCCUUACAACCGCAGCUGGACCAAACUUCACAGACGGUAGUCGCCCAAUGACUUCAGUGCGUGCAGCUGGGUAUUCAUCAAUGGGUCGCCGAAUGUCGAGCGCUAUGGGCCUCGGUACGGGCCAGGCACCACCAGAGAUAGCUGCCGCACCACCACUUGAAGCAAAGCCAGAGGAUAGUCCGGAGGAGCGCAUAAGGGCCAUGGAGAAAGGAGUCAAUCAGCUUAUCGAAGAAAGCUGUAUUGCUGCCUGCCGUGGGGAAAUAACUACUGCAUUCGAGAAGGCAAAAGAAGCCGGUCGUAAAGAACGUGUUCUCGUCAGGCAACGAGAGCAACUCGGUGUGGCCGAUCAGAUAAAUCUCGACCUGACCUACUCUGUACUCUUUAAUCUGGCAAAUCGCUACACAGCUAGUGGAAUGUACCAAGAGGCACUGAACACUUACCAGGCUAUAGUACGAAAUAAACUAUUCGCUCAUGCCGGUCGUCUUAAAGUAAACAUUGGCAAUAUUUACUUUGCUCAGAAGAAUUAUUCCAAGGCGAUAAAGUUUUACCGAAUGGGUCUUGAUCAACUUCCCAACACACACAAAUCAAUGAGAAUCAAAAUCAUGCAGAACAUUGGCAUCACGUUUGUCAAACUUGGGCAGUUCAGCGAAGCGAUAACUUCUUUUGAACACAUCAUGCAAGAAGAGCCUGACGUGAAGACCGGUUUCAAUUUGAUUUUGUGCUACUUUUUGACUGGUGAUCGGAAUAAGAUGAGAUACGCUUUCCAGCAAUUGCUCCGAGUGGAUUUACACUUGGAUGACGAGGAUAGAUAUCUCUCGCACAAUGACGACAAGCAAUACGAACUCAUCCUGGAGGUGAUACGUAAUGAUGAACUCCGAUUAUUCGAAAAGAAAAGAAAAGCGGAGGCUGAGAACUUCAUCAAAUUGGCUGCAAAGUUGAUCGCUCCUGCAAUCGAAUCCAACUUCAACACUGGGUACGAUUGGUGUAUAGAACAAGUGAAGAUGUCCAUGUAUCACGAAAUUGCCAAUGACCUCGAGAUUGACAAAGCUGUGAUGUACUUAAAACAAAGGGAUUUCCACCAGGAUGGCGGAAAGUCUUUACAUACAAAGGCAAUCGAAACACUCAAGUCAUUUGAGCGGAAAGAUGCACGUGUGGCUAGUACAGCCGCUACGAAUUUAUCCUUUCUGCACUUUCUUGAAGCUCUGGUGAACAAGGGCAAUGUAUUGUUCAAACAGCAAAACUACGAGAGAGCCCGAGACUGCUACGCCGAAGCGCUACAAGAUGAUUCCAGUUGUGUUGAGGCUCUGUAUAACCUGGGCCUGGUGUGCAAAAAACUAGAGCGUUUUGAGGAGGCAUUGGAAGCGUUCUUCAAACUUCACGCCGUGCUACGCAAUAGUGCCCCCGUGGUCUACCAAAUCAUGGACAUAUAUGAGAAAAUUGAUGAUUCAACACAGGCACAAGAAUGGGCAAUGCAACUGCAUGGCCUAGUUCCAUCGGAUCCAUUCUUGCUUCAACGUCUGGGUGACAACUACGAACAGGAAGGCGACAAAUCCCAGGCUUUCUCCUACUACUAUGAUUCCUUCAAGUACUUCCCAUGCAAUUUUGAUGUGAUCGAAUGGCUUGGUGCCUACUACAUCGAGUCACAGUUCUGCGAAAAAGCCAUUGCCUAUUUUGAACGAGCUAGUCUGAUGCAACCGAAUCAAACCAAAUGGCUUUUGAUGAUCGCUUCCUGUCACCGCCGGAGCGGAAAUUACCAGCAGGCGUUAGAAACGUACAAAACAAUGCACAGACAGUUCCCGGACAACAUUGACUGUCUAAGAUUCCUUGUUCGUCUGUGUGCUGACAUGGGACUUCCCGAGGCACAGGAAUACGCAAACCGCUUAAAACGCGCAGAAAAAGUAAAGGAAGCCCGAGAACAACGUCAACUCUCUGCCAGUAGCCGAAGAGGUGGCGGCGCUGCCCGACCGAAUGGAAGUCGCGAGAAUUCCGCCAGUGCUAGCAGCGGGGGGGAUAGUCGUGAAGGUAGUGCUAAGCGAGACCUAGCACGAAUGGCACUAAUGAGAGGCAAUAUCAGUGCCCUUCCAAAACAACCAGAGACAAAUGACGAAACUUCACAUGACGCUGACCAAGGGAGUAGCGGUUCAUUCAUAUAUAGUGAUCCAUUGGGACCGGCUGCCGAAAGACCCAAAACGGCAGCUCGGUCGCGACCGGUACAAGAUGAAUUCGCUGACGAGGAAGUGGACGACGCCCUGCUUCCAGAUUGACCUAUCAGUAUGUGCCCUGUUUCAAGUUGUGUACUGCAUAUAUUCAUCUGUGACUGUGUUGAAUAAAUC